AUGGCCGGUGCCAAUAAUGACAUCUUUGUUUUACAAUCUUCGGGUCUUUUCGACGAUGUCAUAGAUGGUGUUGCACCAAAUACUUCAUUCUAUGCAAACGAUGUGGAGUAUAAGUAUGUGUAUUAUCUUGUCGACUGUAUUUAUCUGGAGUGGGCGACGUUGGUGAAAACUCUUUCAUGUCCAGAUGACGAGAAAAUAUUGUAUUAUAAGAAGAAACAAGAGUCAGAAAGAAAAGAUGUCGAGCGGGCUUUCGGUGUAUUAAAAAAGAGAUGGUCUAUCAUUGCCCAACCGUCUAGGAUACUUGAAAAGAGUAAAAGGAGAAACGUCAUAUAUACGUGCAUCAUCUUGCAUAACAUGAUAUUAGAGAAAUCGGGGAGAGCGUUUUGUGCAGAGAGUUAUAAUGAAGGUAACCAACCGACGAACUCACUACUCACAUACGCUCAAAAAGAAGUUAUCCAGGCGAGUAUACGUGACAGGGACACACAUCUUAAACUUUGA